UCCAUAAAGCUUACUUCUGAAGUAGUUUCAGCUUUUUCCAACAGGUGGCAGGGUGGUUGCUGUCUUCAGUAAGAGCUACUGAAUGCAUCUGAGCAACAAUCAAGUGAAUGCUUCAACUAGUUUGUUUCUUUAGACUAGUUUACAAAUUUAGGAUUUCCAAUCAACUUCAUGAGCUCUGCGCCAUGUGCGAAAAGAACUUGAACCUUCAUGAAAUUUUGACGAUGCUAGAAGAUGAAGAGAUCCAAGUGCCACCUGAUGAAGAAAUUGGCGUAUAUAUUCAGCCACCAAUCAAUGCAAAUGAUGAUGUCACUGAUGAGGAUUCUGGGGAUGAGGACAUGACUUCAAUCCAUCAUCUUCCAGAAACCAACUAUUGGCCCCGGCUGAAGUUUCCCAAGAAUUUGAACUGAGUGACAACAAAGAUGAAGAGGAUCCUUCUUUAUCACAACCAACCUUACCCUCUAGUUCAGCGAAGAUGGACAUAGCACAGCCACCAAAUAAAAAAGUAAGACGAAUUCAGAAUUUCACUGAAGAGAAACCAGCAAAAAAGGUUAGUAAGCCAUUCACUAAAAAGCAGUACAAAUGGGUCAAAGAGGACCUAAAACUAGAUGAUACUAUUUGGAGUAAUAGACAGGAAGUACAACAAAAAAUUAACACCAAUGGAACAGUUUUUCUGUAUUUUCGAUGAUGAUAUUGUAGAUUUAUUAGUUGAGAAAACAAAUCGUUAUGCGGCAUUACAUAACCGUUUAGGUGAUGUAACUGUCGAUGAAAUGAAAUGUUUCAUAGGAGUAUUGUUGUUGAGUGGUUAUGUUCCAUUACCUCGAAGACGAA